AUGGAGGCGGACGGCGGGGAGCAGUCACGGCUGCUUUUAGUGGGUCUGCGGCGCCCUCGGGGUCUCAUUUUAAAGUCUGUAUACUUACGGUCAUCUGGAUUCUGGGCUCUCAGCGGACCCGUUCAGAAAACCUGCGGUCAGAGGAGACACGGCCGGCACACAGCCAGGUGGGUCCGGAACAGUCAGCCAGUCAGAGGAGGAGCUGCUCAACAUGCUCACAAUGUUGAUUUGAUUAACAAUUUAGUAAUUACCUAAUGCAUUCUUUGGAUCAUACAAAUCAAGCCUCUGAGCGUUUAAUCAAUUAGAGGCUGACAUUUCAGGAAAAUGCUGAACAUUAUGCUCAUCAUUACGCAGGGCGCCAUCACUCCCAUCAACGCUUCCUGUUUCCGGAUCAUUUGGUACCGAACCGCCGUGAAAGAACGGAGUGAAUAA